GUCAACUAGGCAGCUUGUUAAAGCGUUCAACGUCCCACCAUGGGACAAGCCCUAAGGACUGGAGUCUACGGAGUUCUAGUAGUAAAAAACGCUAGCUAAUUGUUGAUUAGUCUUCGGACUAGCUAACCUUAAUAGCUACCAUAGCUAGCCAUGUUGAGUUGUCUACGACCCUUACCAACACCAAGUUAAGCUAGCUACAAGUGGCCUUUACAGCUAGCUCAGAUAGUUGACUGCAUACACCAGGAAAUAACGUGUGCGGUGAUAACUUAUAUCGGCAGAAGCAGGCUGCAGGCAGAAGAUGGAAUGCCAAACUCGUUGUCCACUGCUGGAAGUACAGGGAAUACCAUUGCUUAAGCCAAUAGUAACACAUUGGGAAAGGGUCGAGAGAUUCAGAGCAGAACCUGGUGACCUGCUCAUUGCCACUUACCCUAAAGCAGGAACAACAUGGACUCAGGAGAUAGUUGACAUGCUUUUAAACCACAAUGACUUUGACAAGUGCAAACGUGCUCCAACUUAUGAACGUAUGCCAUUCCUUGAGAUGACCUCCCCAAAUCCUACCCUGUCUGGUAUAACUACAUUAGAGACCAUGGACCCUCCACGAGUUAUCAAAACACAUUUGCCUAUCCAGCUUGUUCCCAAAACAUUUUGGGAGGCAGGUUGCAAGGUAAUAUACAUGGCACGUAAUCCCAAAGACAACGUUGUGUCAUAUUUCCAUUUUGACCGAAUGAAUCUGGUACAACCAGAACCAGGACCAUGGCAACAGUACUUAGAUAAGUUCAUGAAAGGACAAUUGGGAUGGGGUUCCUGGUACGACCACGUGAAAGGAUACUGGAGAGAGAGACAAAAGAAGAAUAUACUUUAUCUGUUUUUUGAAGACAUGAAGGAAAACCCACACCAGGAGGUGGAACGCAUGGCUAAUUUUCUUGGACAAAACCUGUCUAAAACACUGAUUGAUGAGAUAGUACAGAGGACAUCAUUUGUUACCAUGCGUGACAAUCCUAUGGCCAACUACUCAUCUGUGCCUGACACAAUCUUUGAUCGGCGAGUCUCAGAAUUCAUGAGAAAAGGAGAGGUUGGCGACUGGCAAAAUCAUUUCAGUGAUGAACAGAACACCAUAUUUGAGGAGCACUAUAGGAAAAUCAUGGAGGAUGAACCCAUUCCCUUUCGUUUCUUGAUCUGAUUCUACCCUUUCUAAAAUGUGUUUAUUUUUGGCAAAUUGAUCAUGUAUUUAUGUAGCCUGGAGACCAGACUCUCUUCUUCGCAGAGAGUCUGGCCUAGAUCCAUUGGCAAACGUUUAUUUCCUGGUUUGUGGACACUUAUCUGAAGUUUGAAUUCAUUGGAGUUUGGACAUUUGGUACUUGACUUGACUUGACUUGACUUGAUGAGUGGAAGUACGUAGUCAGGCGUACUUAUGUUAAUAUUGAUGAAAACAAUUUUCAUACUGGUCAUAAGUUCUAUAAGCUAUUGACAUCCACCAGUGUUACUAGUCUGAGAAUAUUUUUUAAGUAGUUGCUAAGUUGCAGUAGUGUGUAACUACAUUGCAAUACAUUUAGGCUAUUAAAGGUACAUACAGUCAGCGAUUGUACUCGAUUUCAAGCCCUUAACAUUUUUUGUCACAUUCAGCGAGCAUCUCCUCACAGUCCGCUGGCUGCCCAUCCCAUGAGUGCACUGUAAAAACACCUGGUAUCUGAAGCAAAGCUAAGGCCCUGAAGACUGGGAACAAAGAAAGUGGGGGCAGCCUGUCCCCCAGACAAAAACAAAACCCUGUGUGGAGUUUGAGAUUACUUUAGAGAGGGGUGAACCACCUCUGGUGUGUUUUGUUUUGUCCUUGGUUAAAAUAUAAUAUACUGUGCGUUGUUGUAGACAAGUGUCUGCUAAGAAAUGUAAAUGAACUUAAAACAAACUUGAUGUCAUGCACAAUCACUAACUUAGCUUUUAAUUACAACCCUACUUUUACUCAUAUCCUUCCCCAAGUGUCAUGCUUACCACUGACUGUUAUACUGUUGAAUAAUUGACAUGUGCAUGGCAUCUUUCAUGUAAUUUAUUGAGAAAGAAUUGUUUUUAUGAAAUAAUACUUUAAUCCACUUGAGACAGUCUUGCAGCUUUACUUGCAUGAUACCAUUGUUCACCUAACCAUAGCUGCUGAUUAGGUAGAGGGCUAGGGUGAUUCUGGCCAUCACUGGCAAGCAAUUCUGGAUGAUAUAAUGUAUCCUAUGUAUGAAGUUUCCUUGAGCAUGCAUGGAACGCCUUUCCCUAUAAGUAAACAGUUUGCAUACUAACAGUAGAC